AUGCAAAGAAAUAAGAAGAACAUAAUAUCAAGUCAAUCGAUAAUCGACAGUCGGGGUUCUCCAAAGGUUAAUAAAUCUUUACUGGAACUAGCUUUAGACAAGCACACUUACAUGCCCCGAAUUUACGACAUAGUAAAUUUACUCGUCACCAAAGAGGGCCACGAGACCUCUACGGCCAACAUCAAUAGCCAGACUCCACCACUGGUCGCGUUCAAGAACGAACCCCAGAUAUCCAUAUACGUGGAGCACAAGAUCGGCAACAAUGAGUUAUGCAUCGAACUCAAACUAGUACCACUCAACACUAGCAAUGGUACACGAGCGCACUUGUGGCGCCAAUACUUCAUCGAAAGUAUCAAGGGAUUCAACUUGUCCCCAGCCAACUUGAUGUACGUACUAAAACUACUCCAGAUACCACAAGUAGCGGACUUACUCGCUGACGCAACGUCAGUCGAUAAGGCAUUGGAUACGAUCGAACGGUACUACAUCCAGGCGUGCGAUACAACCGCACAACGAAGACCUUUGCAAGACGAUUUCUUCCUUAUCCAAGGAUACAAGGACAAGGUCGACGCCUACACUCGAGCUCAUGCUUUGAGAUUCCAACUCAAGGUCGAGAUGCUCGAGCAGUUCACAUAUGAGACUUUUGUAAGCGGGCUUGGAGAGCGAACACGGUUACUUUAUCCCGUAACGAGAGGCAUGAUACUCUCAGAGUACGUCGAAAAACUGCACGAUGCAGAAUUAGUGAUUUUGACGAAAGCCAGCGACUACCAAAGUCGGAAACAGGAAGCAGGACCAAUGACGGUAGCCACUCCAGCAGUAAAGAAGAAUCUUAAGCACCCAAACGUGCGAGAGAACUACUGCGAGAUACACCAGAGAGUGGGGCAUUCAACCAAAGAGUGCUUCCAGCUCAAGCAGGCACAAGCCCAAGCAGUGGCUAACCAAAAAGCGAGAGAAGAGCGAAAGGCUUCUGCAGCGCAGAAGCGUAGUAACAGUUCUAACCAGGACGAAACAAAAAAAAUGAAUUUCCAAAUGUUUUCAACGAGUCUUUUAAGUAAUUCUCCCACUGUACUUCACGCCAAAGUACACGCCCAGGACCAAGAAUUCUUGCUGGACACUGGUGCGACGGGAAAUUUUAUGACUCACGACCAGGCAAAAGCCUUGGGGCUGGACCUAUCAAAAGGACAGCCCAAAACCUUUUCCCUUAAAAGCGGAAACCGGAUUGCAAAAGUCACUGCAAUACAGUUAGACGUCCCGAUUACACUACCCAACGACCACCAAGUUGUUAUCACACCCUUCUUCAUAAGUAAGAAAAUUACACUCGAUAAGCCGAUAGUAGGCUUACAAUGGGGGUUAGACCAUCAGAUGUUAACCCUAAACACCGAGAAUUUACGAGGGUCCCUGAACAAGAACACGGGAGAAGAGCCGCAGAACAUGAGCGAGCCAGAGUCUAGAGCGGAUAUUAAGAAGGCGAACACACCGAAGAAAACUAGCACUAAGCCCAACCAAAAGGCCCGUGAGAUUCCAACAGAGAAACCACGCGAAGUGUUCAGAUUGCCCACAUACGGGGAUAUUACAAAACCGAUUAAGAACCAAGAGUUCAACAUCAAACUUACAUCAGACGAACCAAUUCGGAUCAAGCAUAGUUAUUCGAUACCCUUAGAGCAACAAGACGCGGUACUACAGGAAGUGAAGCGAUUAGAAGCAACAGGAAUCAUAGAGAAAGCACCGUUCGAUGCAUAUGCAUCUCCAGCCUUUCCAGUAGCAAAGAAAAACACUACGGUUCCACGAAUUGUCGUAGACUAUAGGCGACUAAAUAGUAUCACCGAAAAUAUAGCCUUUCCCUUCCCCGAUGUUCUACGCACACUGCGAGAAAUACCCAUCGGCAUGAAGUGCUUCUCACAAAUCGACUUGAAACAAGGAUAUCACCAAGUCAAGGUAGCAGAUGAAGCCCAAAAAUAUACUGGAUUCAUCAUCGGUAAUCAACACUACAUCUACAAGAGAAUGCCAUUCGGAUUGAAAAAUGCACCGCAAGUGUUCCAACGUAUUAUGCAGAAUUGUCUAGGGGACCUACCGUUCCUCAAGAUAUUCCUCGACAGCUUACUCGUUCACUCAAAGAACCAAGAGGAGCAUAAUGAGCAUUUAAAAUUGCUAUACGAGCGAUUGAAGGAGCAUAAUAUCAUACUCAAUCCAGAAAAGACACACUUUUCACAAACAAAGGUGGAAUACUUAGGACACAUCGUCACUGAAAAGGGGGUACAGGCCGAUAUCAAAAAAGUCGCCUUGUUGAAACAAAUGCCUCCACCCCAUAAUCUGAAGACACUACGCAGUCUUCUAGGCCAACUCAAUUGGUUCAGACCAUACGUGCCGAACCUGUCCAAACAGAUCGAAGCUUUUACGAAUAAGCUGCAAGGGAAAGAUCGCUCUACAAGCAAACGAGCACCCAUCGAAUGGACAACCGAGGAUGAAAAGACCAGACAACACAUCUAUCAGCAAAUUGAAAGACAAAUCGUAUUAGCAAAUCCGAACCCAAAUGAAGGAUACACGUUAUUUACGGAUGCUUGUAAUACAGGCAUUGGAGCUGUGCUCACGCAAGAGCAUAAGAUAAUCGGAAUAUACAGCAAGAAACUGUUACCGGCGGAAACUCGUUAUACUACUGAAGAGCAGGAACUGUUCGCGGUACUGUGUGCGUUAAGACAUUUUAAGGCAUUUGUACUAGGACGUCCGGUGAAAGUAUUUACGGACCAUAAGAACCUACUAGCCUUCAGAGACUUUAACACGUCUCGAGCAGAGCGCUGGAAGAUGGAACUGAUGGAAUAUGAUGUAAAUUUACAUUAUGUACCCGGCAAGCAGAAUUUAUUA